AUGGAAACCUCUGUAGCCUCCGGCACCGGUGAGGAAUCUUUAGCCGAGUGUGAGAACCCGUCAAACAAGGUGCUUCAGAAGACCCCUGUUCGUAACCCAAAAUGUGCAUCUUUAUUGUUGAGCCCGCUGCCUGUUUAUAGCGCUCGUAGUAGUAGGGCACGGGUGGCACACGAAAAAAUUAAAGAUACUGAAAAAGUAUGCAAAUGUGAGGGGGCUACACACCAAUCUAACAACGGUGUUGCCGGUGAAGGUGAUGAUAGUAAUAUAAAUUGUGGGGGUGGGACCAGUGGUGCUGGUUGGGUUGCUAUUGGAGCAGAAGCUGGUGUUGGGUCUAAGGACUGGUACGCACGUCUCCGCGAGCAUUGCCAUUUAGAGGACUCGGAAGUUGUUUCCUCCCCCACUAAUGAUAUAGUAAACCACGACGACCAUGAAAAUGAAGGCAGAAAAACAACAUCUGCGGUGGAGUGA